UAGUGCACGUAUCAGUUUUCCCGGAGUCUUCCAGGUGCUGCAUUUACCGGAGGAAAACAAAGGAAGAACCGGGACCCCAGCGGUGCUACCUCACCUCUCCAUCUCUGCACACACACACACAUAGAGUCACCGCUGCUGCAGCAAAGAUCCACCGACAGGAGGUCCUGACUAAACAGCUGGACUCUUUAAGCAGCUGCUUUUUCUCAACUGGGCUCUGAGCGGAGACGUCUGUUUGUUUGCAGAGGCUGAGGCGGUGAUUUACUCCUGGAUGUUUCUCCGGUCCAUUUAAGAAACAGUGAUCCCAGCAGGACAGAGUGAAGCUGUCAGGUUUCUUCCAGCUGGGCGGAGAAGAGGUGUCCCUCCCACCCUGGACUACAUUUCCCACCGUGUACUGUCUCUGGGUUACGUCAUCCACAACUCACUCUGAAAUCUCAUUUAGCAAGAAUGCAAACUUUCAAACGUUUGCCUUCUUUUGAGAUGGAUCAGUUAACUGCCGGAAUAAACGAUGUUCAAGCGAAUGUUGAGAAUGAAACUUUAGCCACAUCAUUUGCUUGAAUGGCAGCUGGGCAACAUCUGCCACAAUGCAAGGCCAGUGGACAUUUCUGAUAGAUCCUCUGCAACCUAUGAGUAGUUCUGCUGUUAACUGCUGCAACAGAAUUACCUUACAGUCCUGUUUCUCUGAGUAAGGGAUCUUUGGCCGACUGGUGGAUUGUAUUUCAUGCCUCUAAAGCAACACACCCUCAUACCAGCAGCACUGAUUUCAGUCCUAACGCUGGCUAAUGGGGGCCUCUCAAAGGUGCAGGUCAUCCAUAAACCCUUCUUCUUUUAGUUCUCUUUUCUUUGUGGGAACACUUCUCUUCUCUUUGAUGAUGACCGCCUAUGCCUGCCCUAAGCUCUGCCACUGCACAGAGAGGAACGGCAUGGUGGUGCAGUGCACUUCGCGCAACCUGGAGAGCAUCCCGCCGAACUUACCCAAGGACACUGUGGUCCUCCUGCUGUCGUCGAACCGGAUCCGACACGUCCCGAAAGGAGCCUUCGCUGACCUUCACCGCCUCAGGGAGCUGGACCUAUCUCACAACGCCUUGGAGAGUGUAGAGGUCGGUGCCUUUCAGGGGGUUUCCGAAGCCCUGCGGACCUUGGAUCUUUCAAACAACCAUCUGAGCAGCCUCCCCAGGGACACCUUCGCCAAGCUGCACGCCCGAAUCCGCCUCUCCCAGAACCCCUGGCACUGCGAGUGCUCGCUGCAGGAGACACUGAGGGAGCUGAGGCUCGACCCCGAGACGGUGAACGAGGUCAGCUGUUUCACGUCAGAGCAGGAGGAGUACGUGGGACAGCCGGUGAUCCAGGUCCUGGACUCGGGGAUCAACUUUUGCAACUUCCACCACAAGACGACUGACGUAGCCAUGUUUGUGGCCAUGUUCUGCUGGUUCUCCAUGGUGACAGCUUACAUCAUUUACUACAUCAAACACAAUCAGGAGGACGCCAGAAGGCAUAUGGAGUACCUCAAAUCACUGCCCAGCACCUCUCACAUGAGCAAGGACUAUGACACAGUGAGCAGCGUGUUUUAGGAUGAAUAUGGAUCAAAGUGCAGCGAUGAAUACAAAUGACAGAGAGCCGAUGAAUAAGUUUACAGCGAGCAAUACUGAGAAGUGACAGCCGUGCAGGCACAAAGAUUUAAGGAGGAGGUUUUAAAAUGUUGCUGUCAUCAUCAAGUGCAGGCUUUAAACAAAAAGAAAGACACAGCUCAGACUCAGAUAUUUUACUUCUUCAAUAACAAAAGAUGUCAGAUCAUUAUUUCUCACUCCAACCAUGUGCUUAACACACCUCAAAAGUUUGCAGAAACAGUUUGCAUAUCACACCGAGUUACAGAAGUUCAGCUACCAGCUGAGGAGAACCUGAGAGCCACUUGAGUGUGAAACAGAAAUGAGCUCCUCGACAAAUAAUUCCCAUGGUUUCACAGAAAAAUAUCCAAGUUUGAUUUUGUUUAAUGCAUUAAAACAAAAAGAAGAUGAAGCAGGGGGACCUUUAGGGGCAACAGCAGAGAAAAUAGCUGUAGUAGCUGUUAAUCUCUGUUAAAACUGAUAUAUGUUUCCCUCCUAAUGUUAAGAUGAUGUAUGCUUAAUGAUGCAAUGCAUAAAGGAUAUAGGUGUUGUAGAGGGGAUUAGAUGGCUGUAGGAACCCCUGUGAAACCCCUGCACUGUCAAUUUAAGGUGGCUUCGCAGCCCAGAAUUAAAUUUCACACUUGAGCGCUCGUUUUGCUUCAAAUGGUGAUAAGUUUUUUACUUUUGGAAGAAGAAAUAUGAUAAAUUCCUGCCACAAAAAAAAAGUUCAGUUUGAGAGAUCAGAUACUGAACUGAUUGUCUUUUUCUCUAUUUUUGCUUAACUAA